AUGACGGCGGCGUACACCGUGGCGUCCGAGGACAGCCUUGUCUUUGAAGCUCAAAACACGGGAGCCAUCUCCGUCAUCUCCCCAAUCGCCGACCAUGUACUUUUGGCCGUAACCGGCCCAGAGCCUAGGCAGGCAGAAUCAGCGCCUAAUAGGGAGGCAGAAGAGUCGGGACAUGCCAUCAAUGGAACAAAUAGCAACUUCGAAGAGGACGGCCGGGACCAAGAAGAAGACAACGGCAACCAUGAGGACGGAAAUCAUAGGCAAAUACGAACGGACCUCGAGAUUGUCAGCCAGGAGCUUGCUAGUGUGCUGAGGGAAGAACUGGCGGCGAUGAAGUGGCCGGACGAUAUAUGA